AUGCGGGGGGCGGGGUGCCGGCUGGUCGCGGGGAUUCCGCGGGCUCCUCCGUGGUGCCGGCAGGCGCGGAGGCGAACGGAGCCCGGCGAUCCUGACCCGGGGCUCCCAGGCCGCCCGACCAGGUGCGCGACGAACCCGGGGAGGGCCGGGACCGCGACGCGAGGCCGGGCGGAUGCUGGGGCUCUCGGCCUCGGCUUCGGGAGCUACACCGUGGAGCCCCGGCGGCUUACCUGCGUCGGCCGGCGCCCGGGCCGGGUGAGAUCGCGUGGCCGCCGCCUCCCCGCCCCGCUUGUUCGCGCGCAGCGCUCGGGGUCGCGGCGAGGCCACCUGCCCUCGCACGCCCCUCCCGCGGUCCCCAGGCCGAGUGGGGGUCGAGCCUGGUCUCGGCGGGAAGGCCUCCCCCUUCUCCCCGGCGCCGGCAUGCGCCACCGGCCCUGA